UUUGAGGUUUUUGUAGUUUAUUGAGAUGAUGGAUUGGCAAGACAACGCUUUAUUCUGAGAAUAACUCACCGGAAGUUGUAUUUAUUUCUGGCUGGCGAAGAUCAUGGAUGAGAGGAGAAACGUAAAGUUACCGCUAUUUGACAGUUUCUAACCUGACUAUUCUGUUAUUAAAAGUCCCGUAUUCUCUAUGCUUUUAAUCCACAAGACUUCAGCACGAGGAGGUAACGAUUACUUUGUUACUUUCACCAUCACUUCCGCUUCUCUUUGGCGGAAACUGCCAGUUCACUUUAGGUGACAAGUUGUGGUGUGGGUCGGUAGCAAGUGAGCUGCCGAAGGCCACUUAAAUUGUCUUUAACAUGGUUCACAACAAAGAGACUGAAAGUGAGCCUCGUCUCUACGGUUUUACCAGAACAGCUUCCGCAGUGCUGACCCACUUUAUCUGCAUCGUCUUCACUGUGUUCAUCGCAGUUCUGUCUCGACCGGGUACCAGUUGGUUUUCCUGGCAUCCCUUCUUUAUGACACUAGCUUUCUCCUUCUUCAUGACAGAAGCCAUACUCCUCUUCUCCCCGUAUGGCUCACCCAUCAAAAGGUUUCCACACAAGACAAAAGGUCGUGUUCACUGGAUCCUGCAGUGCCUCAGUGUGUCCUGUGCAGUCCUGGGUUUGACAGCCAUCUCUUACAACAAACACCUGAAUGGUAAACCCCACUUCACCUCGUGGCACGGUCUGCUGGGCCUGCUCACAGUGUGUGUGGUGGGGCUGCAGUCUUUGGCAGCUGUGCCUCUCAUCUACCACUCUCUGGCCAAAGGCUGGUCCCUGGCCAAACUCAAACGGUACCAUGCAGCGUCUGGACUCGUCACAUACCUGCUGGGCAGUGCCAGCCUACUCCUCGGCCUGAGCUCUGCUUGGUUCACUGCAGCAGUCGGGGAAUACACCUGGUACCUGUUGGCACUCUGUUCUGCUCUCAAUGCCCUCGUCAUAAUGAACCAAGUCAGCAGUGCGUAUAUGGCUAAAAAACGGUUGCAGUACUGACGGGAGACACAGUAUUGACACUUUAACACCACUCACUGAGUACUUAUGCCAUGUUUGAUUUGCCUCUAAAGGUCUUGUCAUAUCAUUAAGCACAUGUGCCAAAUGUGAAUAAUGUCACACUUUUUUCUUGCCUUUUUACAUGGUAUACACAGUACCAUUGAGUACACUGA